GAACCACCUGCAAAACGCAUCCGAAAGGGAACCAGGAGUUGUCAAGAAUGCCGACAUCGAAAGAUACGGUGCAUCUGGCCGUCCGAUAAUGCUCAAGUCUGUCAAAGCUGUGUCACCAGGAAAAGGGCAUGUCGAGGUCAUACAGACCUCCGACACGGCCAAGCUGACUUCUCGAGCUCGCAUCGACGCCUUGGAGAAGUCAGUAAGCGACCUAUGGAGUGCUAUCGGGCAGAACCCUCCGGUUGUAGCACCAGGCCAAGUGUCACAUUCCGACAACAGACCUACCAUUAGUCGACUCGAGCAUGAACAAAGUCCUGGUACCUCCAGUCCCUCCUCACCAGCUAACCCACCGACACACCUUCUUAGUCUCUUCGAUAACGACCUGCUGGACUCGAAUGGACAUGAAACUACCACGCCAUCUAAUCGCUUGUCGACCUCCACCAUGUCCAAGGAGUCAGCCGCUCUACUGAAAAUGUUGCCUUCACGUGAAGACAUGGUUACCAUCGCAGCAAACGCCGAGUCCUGGCUGUCAUGGUACAAGGUUCUCUUCUCUCUGAAUUUGGCCAUGGGUGCUGGUCCUAUGAUGCUUGAUAACUACGACAGAGUCAAACGAUUCGAGACGCAUCCAGUGCCAAUUACCUCUCUUCUACUGGCUGUGACGUUGACUGUGCAACAAGCCCAUGAUGCGACGAGUAUGUUGCGAAGCAUACCUGACUCAACUACUUUCAUCAAAGACGUUUCCAACCUCGUGGAGAAGAUUGUGGUCUCGAACGAUGAUCUGAUUGCAGAUCUUGAAGGAAUCCGGAGUGCCCUCCUGUUCAUACGGCUGGUGAGAAAAACGUGGCUUACUCUUCGACGAGUCAUUGCCGUUGCCGAACUUAUCGGCCUGCCGAGAGCAGCAACAACUCUCCAACGCGAUGCAGAGCCGCAAUCUCGACCGGACCAUAUCGAGUUGGAAUCAUACUUCGACAGUGCACGCGCCGAGCAGAAAGAGAAGGCACAGGUUUGGGAGUCCAUCUGUGCAAUGGACCGAGUGAUUUCAAUGAUGUGGUCUUUGCCUGUAGCCACCAUCAGCUUUCCGCUACCAGUGCGACCAAUCAUCGACACUCAAGGCGAAGUUGUUUUACAAGCUUUUCUCCACAGACUUGCCAACAUCGCCAGCAAGGUUCUUGAGCUUGACGAAGUGUACAUUCAGGACGAAUCCGCGUCGGAUCUGCUCAGUAUUGUCAUGUCCACGGACCAAGAACUGCAAGUCGUGGCCAACACUCCUGCAAGAUCGUGGUGGAAGGAGUCACCUUCAUCGCUAUCUCCAGGGUCACUCUUCCAAUAUUGGCACUCGUACUUGAUCAUUCGUACUCAUCUCCGACUGGCACUUGCAUACGAUAAUGAUCAGAGAUUUCUUUACAACUUCAUUUCUUGCUUGAGUGCUUGCCAAGUGCAUCUCAAGCGUUAUGUUUCACUGCGACCACUUUUGCCGGCAGGUUUCUUCGCGAAUUAUAUCGUCGACUUGCAGGCGUUUUCGGCCAUCGUGUUCCUGUUGCUAACCGCAAAUAAAUCCGCAGCGGCUCCCUCCACUGUGGCUUCUCGGCAUAUCACGAACGCUCAGCAGACCCACUCUCUGGUGGAUGAGGCUGUACAAGCCAUGCAACAAGCUUCGAGCCGUACUGGUAGUCAGUCUGCUUCGCAUGGAGUGGACGCCAUCAAGAGUUUGCGUUCUCUGCUUGAACAGCCAGACUCGGCCGAGCCACAAAAGGCUAGUCUGCUACUUCCUCUGAUUGGGAGGAUCCACGUAUCUCGCAAGUCUGGUAGGAGCAAUCAGCGACACCAGUCAAUGCAAUCUCCUGGUAACCUGCAACACGAGAUCCAUCCGGAUCCACCGGGCGGCUAUUCCACCGAUAUUGUAGGGGGCAGUUAUCUAGGCCCUGAAUUUCUGAAUACCGUGUCUUACUCAAUGGAGGUUCCGGAAGACUUUCUAUUCUUCACCGACCAAAGCUUCGAGACGGAGCAGUGGAUGUCAUGGUCUACU